AUGAAGGAGCUUAAGUGUUAUCUGAAGUUCAAGAAUUUGGCUUCGACCCCACAUCAUCCUCAUUGGAAAGCGCGAUUACGGAAUACUCUUUUUAGAUUGUUAUGGUCGCGUGUUCGUCUUGAACGACAUGAGUGGUGUGUUGUGGCCGUGCGGAAAUUCUUUGGACGAGGAACCUGGACUGGAAAGAAAGCAUGGGUCGUAGAUGACGAUGGGACUAUUGUUCAAAUCGAGUAUUAUACCGAUGCUGAAUUUAGUACACAUUCGGGCGGAAUUCCAGAAACACCUAGAAGCCCAAAAAUACCACAAAACCCAGAAAGCUCAAAAAGGCAAAAGAAAAAAAAGGAACAAACAAUACGUUUAAAUGUUUCCCCUUCAGACUCUAGCUGUCAUCUCAAAAAAUAA